GAUAAUGUCUUAAAUGUCACUUGUUCUGAAGGCAAAGUUUCGUCCGAACAAAAUGUUGUAGUUUUAAAAUUUAAUUAAAACUACACUCACUGUAACCUCAUCAACAAUCCAUAGACGAAAUAAAUAUUGACACCGGAAUGAGCGAACCAUCUUCCAAUUUUAUAAAAAAAAUCUAGUGCCUAAUGUAUACUGCAUUAAUAAAGGUCAACACCUACAGUCACCUACAGUCCAGCGAAGCUAAUUUAAACGACAUUAAUACAAUGAGAACCUACAUGAUACAUAAAUGAAAAAUCCAUUCAAACGAAUUACUCAACAAUUGUGCCAAUGUAAAAUAGAAGUUCGUUUAGUUUAAAUCAAAUUUACGUUAAUUUUUAUUGCGAUCAUAAAAUGUAAAGUGUUACGCGGGACUAAUGUGACUCUCUUUCUUUUAAAUUUUGUUCGACGAAAUUUUGUUUUUAAUUCCGAAAAUAUUUAUUGAAAUUGUGCGAGUCUUUUAGUAAUUGAAAAGAUGGGUAACUGUUUGACGUGCUUUCAAACGACAACAAAUAAUAACGAUAAUAAACCGACUGUUGAACCAACUGUUGAGCCUCGAACGACAAACAAUACGGUUGAUCGCGGUGAAACAGACGAAUUGUUAUCGGAGUCUCCGGCGCAUAUAACAUCUUUAUCGACGGACAUUCGAAAUGGCAGUUUCAAAAAAUCGUCGGUUGGCUUAAAUGGAAACAUAAAUGCUGUCGGAGAUGUAUUCGCAGCGGGAAAAGAACAUUCCGUCUCCGACAACACAUUGAAUGCCCUGUUCGAAGAAUACAAAGACGACGAAGAAGAUGCCAUUUUAUCGGAGGGCAUCGAGCGAUUGUGCUCUGAUCUCGGCUAUAAACCGGACGACUUUGCAAUACUGGUACUAGCAUGGCGCCUGGACGCAUCUCAAAUGUGCCGCUUCACCAAAACUGAAUUCAUCCAAGGACUGCAGCAAAUGAAUUGCGACAAUGUCGGCGACAUUCGGAUACGACUGAAACAGACCAUAGAAAAAUUGAAAACAAAUUCCGAAAUGUUUAAGAAAUUGUACAGAUUUACGUUUCGGUUCGGAUUGGAGGAGGGCCAUCGCAUCGUUUCACUGGAAAUGGCAAUUAUAUUAUGGCGGCUGGUAUUUUCCGUGCACACACCUAGCAUAUUAGAUAAAUGGUUAAAUUAUUUAGAGCAACGUUCCGACAUACGUGGCGUACCGAAAGACACAUGGAAUAUGUUUUUAAAUUUUGCUGAAACUUGUGAUAUAACGUCGUACGAUGAUACCGAAGCGUGGCCGAGUUUAUUCGACGAUUUUGUGGAAUAUGAAACGGAUAGAACCAAUCAAAAUAUCACACAAAAGGAUAGACAGAGUCCAAGUGAUCAGUUAUAGUAUUACAUUUGUGUUGUAAUUUUAAAAUAUUCUUUUUUAUACAUAGAACAUAGUGUAAGAGAUCCACUCUGUAACACGGACCAUAUCAUGGCCAUUUUUUAAAAACACUCUAAGACAACAGAAAAAAAAGAUUUUUUUUUUUGAUAAUUUCGGCCUACAGUAUAAGGAAGUCAUGACACAUAUAACCACACCAAAAUUGUGUUAAAAACCACCGUAAUGUGUUUCGAUUCACAGAAUUUCUAUCGAGCAGAGCCUAUGAACUGUAUGCCAAGAAAAAAUUCUAUCCAAACUUUGCGAAUAGUUUAGAACUUUAACGUAUCCUAACUUUGCUCAAGGAUGGUCCAACUAAGUAGAAUUUUAGGUCAUACCGUCACCACAUACUAAAAAGUAAUCGGGUCAGGUCAACCAGAAAAUAUAAGGUCUGGUCGUCAAACAUUUUGUUAUGAAACCUCAUAUAUUGACCUGAUAUCAGGUCGACCUCAAACUCUUCUUACAAUGGACACAAGCCGAUAUUGCUCAAAUACUUGGAUUUGUCUUACCUCUAGUACUUCGAAAAUUAAUUACAAAUUCUUACUCAGGUAGACCUUGAUAGGUUUGAAGUUUAAAAUCCAAAAAUUGAAAACAGAUCAGGUCAUGACACAAGUCAAGAUUUGAUGAGUAUACGUUUUUCGAACAUUUGAGACAUUUAUUUUCACCAGUGAGUUAUUUGUUGACGUAUUGUUUUGUGAUAAUAUCGAUCUUUCCAUCCUCAGUUGUGAGCAAUGCACCCUUUGUAAAUUUGUAGCCAACAUUUAGGCGGAAAAAUAUUCGUUUUUUGAUGAUUUCUCUGAACGAAAGUUUUUUUUUUAAAGUAAAACCAUUAAAGCAUGCGAAACUGUGUUACUUGUAAAGAAAAAAUGGUUUUGUGGGUGAUAAGCUAUCCCACUUGGAGAAACCUUUGCAAAAUGUGUAAAUUACAUAUUUUGCAAGGGUUUCUUCAAGUGGGUAAAGUUAUGACUUGCAAACCAAUUUUCCCUUUAAAAGUAACAUAUUUUUGCACGCAUGUAACCAUUACUUUUUCAAAAAACGAUUUUCGUUCAGAGAAAUCAUCAAAAAACGAAUAUUUUUGCGCACAAAUGUAGGCUAGAAUUUUGCCAAGGGUUGAGCGCUCUUAAGUCGGCGUGAAGCUUCUGAUUCAUUCUGAUUGACAGUGAAAGUUACUCAUAAUUAAGGAAUUGGACUUUACUAGAUUUUUGGAUCAAUGACAAAAAACAGGCUUGAGAAAAAUUUUAAUGGAAUUAUUUUGUCAUUGAAUGGCGCUUAGUACGAACUCAAUCAGAACAGUUGAGUUCUUGAACACAUUGUUGAAGCAUCAACAUUUCGGCAUAUCGUGCCAAUCUUCAGUCAAGUCAUUCAACUUGGUAUUGAUAUGGGUGUUGAACCGAAUAGCCUUUUGAAGUAGUUGCUAAGGAAGUUGCAAGAACCAUUCCUUUUACAAAUUUUGCAACUACUUUUGCAGCUACUUCAGACGUAGUAGUUGAAGUAGUUGCAAAAGUUGUUGCUGAAAACAUUUUCCUUUUACGAAUUUUGCAACUCAUUUUGCAACUACUUCAGGCGGAUGAACCGAAUGUUGGUAGUUAUAUUAGCACAAUCUUCGGUAAAACUGGGUCUAGUGAAUCUUAACUGAAAUGAAGUUAACUGUCAUCUAACGUCACUCAUAAUUUCCAAGAGUUACUUGAAAUUUUCUAUUUGCCCUUUCAAUAAUUGAGAAAAACGAGUGGCUACAUCGCUGGCAGGCUCAUUUAAUCAUUGAAUCGAAUUUACACCAAGUUUUCUAUCGUACAACACAAGUCGUGAUGUCAAUAACACAAAUUUACCGAAAUUAUCGUCAGUAGUCUCAACACUUAAUCCAUCUGGUACUAAAUUAACUGAAAUAUUUAAUCAAAUUGGGUGCACCCAGUUCAAUCGAAAACUGUACGUCAUUGCUUCUUAAUACAGUGACAGUUUCUAGAUUGAACAUUUUUAGUGUUUUCGUAACGAUUGUGAUGUGAACGCAGCUUAUCUAGUGUUAUUAAGAAUAAUAACUUCUUCGGUUAUUUCAUUUUAUUUUAAUCCGAAUUGUGGAUCGAAUGCCAAAAAAAACUGAGUAUAAUAUUCAAGUGAAACGCUUAAGGUAGGAUGCGUGUCCGCGUACAUCAAAUAGCUAAGGGGACAUCUUUGUCGUUCAAUCUAGGAACUAAUGAAGCUGUAAAAAGAAGUUCUAAAUAACAAAAAUUCAAUUUUUAGUGUGAAUAGAAACACAAAACAAAAUUAACGAAAAACAAAAAAUUAUGUGACUUCGAAGCGUCACAUUGAUUUGGCCUAUUUUAUAAGAAAAAAUAAAUUAUAUUCCUAAGAUUUAAAA